AUGUCAAUUAAUAAUAGCGAUAGUCAUAGUAAUAGUGAUAGUAAUAAUAAUAAUAAUAAUGGUAGUGGAGAUAAUAGUUAUAAAACAUCAUUCCUAAGGAGAUUUGUUGAUGGACAUGACAAGGAACAUAAAGGGUACUCUACAGUACCAAAGGACAAGCGGAGAGACAGUGUCUCUAGUAAUCACGCCAUUCAAUUCAUAGACGAUGACUAUAGUCCUCUCAUAGACCCAUCAUCACCUUCACAAGUACUAGUCAACAAGAUAUUCGAUAUAAGAGAAAAGAUUGAUGAUCAUGCAGCUGCUCAAAAUCUAUUUGGUCAUAAAACAAUAGGAUAUAUUGGAGGAUUUUGUUUAUUAGUUGGAAAUAUAACUGGGCCUGGAUUAGUAGAGAUUGCAUCGACUUAUCAACAUGGUGGUUGGAUUCUGUCGACAUUGGCAUUUAUUGGGAUGAUGAUGUUGAGUGGACUGGCAUCAUUCUUUUUGAUAGAGUCGAUGGCUGCUCUACCGGGUAAUCCAAGGUUUCAGUUGAGAGUAGAGUUUGUCAUGUUGUGUAAAUUCUAUUUUGGUAAGGUUGGCUAUGUCCUGGCACAGAUAUUUAUCAAUGUCAGUUUGCAAGCAACCAAUAUCGCAUCGAUUAUUAUUUGUGCACAAAUGGUAGACAGUCUACUCAUCUUUAUCUUUGGCAAAAGUUGUGGUGUCCAAUUAUACCCUCAUCAACGAUGGACUUGUGUUGAAACUGAGAGUUCAAGUACCUCUCCAUUUGCAGAUUACUAUAUGCUAUUUACUCUUGGGUAUCUAAUAGUAUUGGUUAUUAUCAUACCAUUAGGUAUUUUAAAUCUUGAAGAUAAUAUUAUUGUUCAAACUAUUUGCUUUAUAUUGAUGGUAGCAAUUGUAACAAGUUGGAUUAUAAUGUUUAUUAUUAAUGGAUUGGAACCAACCAAUUUACCUGCGAUAGGCGAUAAACUUGGAAUAAGUAAAAUCCUUGGCAAUGUUAUAUUUAAUUAUGCUUAUAUUACUACUCUACCUUCUUAUGUUAAUGAAGUUAAACCAACAGUAAAUAUAAAGAAAUCAAUAUUUUCGGCUACAGUAUUUUCAACAUUUAUAUUUAUGAUGAUUGGUAUAUUUGGAUCUUUGGCAUUUAGUAAUAUGCCAUAUGACAGUGAUAUUUUGAGUAUGAUUAAUUCAACGAGUCAUGCCAAUGUCUUUUCGAGAGUGUCGGUCUAUAUCUUUCCAUUUAUCGUGUUGGCCAGCUCCAUCCCAGUGUUUAGCAUCAUUGUUCGAUACAAUCUCACACAGAAUCGAUUACUCAAGAAACCAGUGGCCAUUUUCAUCUCGGUCAUCCUUCCAUGGAUCAUUGUCAUCCCAUUCAUGACUGGUGAAGGUCUAAUCAAUAUUAUCGAUUGGGCUAGUCUAUUCUUUAGUUCAACUUCCAAUUUCAUCAUUCCACUUUUAAUUUAUUUAAAAUCUUUACAUUUUAGAUCAAAGAAUUUUUUAACAAAUGAACAAAAAGAAAUUAUAGAUUCAUUGGCACAAGAUACAAUCGAUUGGGAAGAAAAUGAAGUUAUGUUGUUUGAAGACAAGAAUCAAUUCAAGGGACUAAAAGGUUUGUUACCAUUUUCAAUAUCAUUGUAUCCCGAAAGUGGGUUUUUGCUGGAAUGUGAGCAAACCUCAAGAGGUAGUUCUACAUCGACAUAUAAUAACGCUCGUAUAUUUACUAUACUACUUUUAAAUAUAAUCUACAUUCUCUGUCACAUUGAUUAUACAAGUGGGUUUUUGCUGGAAUGUGAGCAAACCUUAAGAGGUAGUUCUACAUCGACUGUAAGAUUUAGAUGA